AGCGUUACCACCACAGCUCGUGCCGCCAACUUCUCGUCGACGAUCGUCUUUAACCUCAUCAACGAAUUCAGACGUAUUUGAUUUGUUCCGGCCGGUCGUACGUUUGUUUUGUACAAUUUAUUAUCCCACUUUUGGGAGAAUAAAACAUAUUUUUUGGGGAAAAAUAAACAGCCAAAAGCAUCAAAAUGACGAUCGGCAAGAAUAAUAAGAUGUUGCAACACAUCAACUACAGGGUGAGAAUAAUACUGCAAGAUAGUCGUACCUUCAUUGGAACUUUCAAGGCGUUUGACAAGCACAUGAAUUUGAUACUGGGAGAUUGUGAAGAGUUUCGCAAAAUAAAACCCAAGAAUACCAAGCAGCCUGAGCGAGAAGUCAAAAGGGUAUUGGGUUUUGUAUUACUGAGGGGAGAAAAUAUUGUUUCCUUGACGGUCGAGGGUCCUCCUCCGCCGGAAGAAGGUCUUCCGAGAGUACCGAUACCUGGGGCAGCGCCAGGACCAGGGAUGGGUCGAGCUGCGGGACGUGGAAUGCCUGCUAAUGUUGCCGGUGUUCCAGCAGGAUUACAGGGCCCAGUUCGUGGAGUUGGAGGACCUUCCCAACAAAUCAUGACUCCUGGUGGUCGUGGACAAGUUUCUGCUCCUCCGCAAAUGCAUCCGGGUGGACCACCGCGAAUGCCGGUUGGCGGACCGCCGCCCGGUAUGAUGGGUCCACCUCCCGGAAUGAUGGGUAUGCCACCCGGGAUGCCAAUGGGCCGUGGGGGACCACCAAUGGGACCACCAGGAAUGCGGGGACCCCCGCCUGGAAUGAUGAGGGGAGGCCCACCCCCGCGCCCCUAUUGAAACUAAAUUUUCAUCUCGAUUAAAAUUUAAAAACAAAUUGUAUAAUCUAAGACACCAAUAAAAUUUUCAUGUUUUGCCGACAUUA